AUGGUGUCAGUGUCUACAAGAUUGUCUUCAGUGCAACAGGGUCGUACAUUCCUUGUACUCAUUUUUUUAAUUGAUCAUGCCUGGACAUACCGAGUGGAUCAAGCUCGCCAGCAGUUAUGGGAGAUUCCUGGCUUACUCCACAGGAUGGCCAUCCUCACUGGCAUCGAAUUCCACGGAGAGGUUCCUGAUGAUGAUAUAAUUGACGAGGUGAUGGCAGAGAUGUGGAGGUUCAGCCACACAUACCAGCUGUCUCAGGGGUCUGCUGAAGAACAAGUGCCAAUUUGGUACGCUAUGGAUGAGUUUGGAUCUCAAAUCCAACACUCGGAUGAACCAACUUUUCGGACUGUGCCAUUCUUUUAUGGACCAGGACAGACUGCCUUCAAUUUGUUAUGGCCAUUGAGAGAUCUCGAACAUGGUGAAGAGGUAACAUGGGAUCAUGCCCAUGGCGAACAAAAUCCACUCCUCAGAAAAUGUAGGCUGUUGCCUUGGGAGCCAGCAGAUUUGAGGGACGUUAACGCAAGUAUCUGUGAACCUCCGGAGGCAUAUUACAAAACUGUUUUCGCGAACAAUAAAGAAGUUUUGCCACUUCCAACAGAGCCAUCAGUUUUUGAGAAAGAUAAAAUUUUCAAGGUGUACGCAGAAUUAAAGCAAGUGUUGGACAAUUUAAAUUCCCCACGCUUUGUGUUCACAGAAAAUGAAAAUGAGGCAGAUGUUCUUUACUUGUACCGCCACUUCAAAGACUACAGGACUUUGAGUGAGCAGAGGCCCCACGUUAUAGUGAAUCAGUUUCCUUGUGAAAACCUGGUGACAGUGAAGGAUUGCUUGGCUGCUGUGUCGAGGCGCACUGGAGGAGUGAAUGGCCCAAAGUGGCUACCCCUUACCUAUAACCUUUGCACAGAGUUACCUCAGUUUAUUAGCUGCUAUCAACAACGCAAAGACAGGGGAGAGGACAACCACUGGAUUUGCAAGCCUUGGAAUCUUGCUCGAGGUCUAGACACACACAUUACUAACAACCUCAACUACAUCAUUCGUCAAAGAGAGGGUACACCAAAGGUGGUAUGCAAGUACAUUGAGAAUCCAGUGCUGUUUGAUAGAGAAGAUGUAGAAGGAUUGGUUAAAUUUGACAUUCGAUACAUUGUCCUACUUCGUUCAGUCCAGCCAUUGCAGCUGUAUGCGUACAAUGUAUUCUGGCUUCGCUUUUCCAACAGGCCUUUCUCACUGCAUCAUUUCGAUGAUUAUCAAAAGCACUUUACUGUGAUGAACUAUGUUGAUGAAACUCAACUUAAGCAGGUCCACUAUAAUGAAUUUAUUCCGAUGUUUGAGAAGCAAUACCCCAACUAUUCCUGGAAGAAAACAGAGGAAGAAAUACAUAAAUCAUUUGUUGAACUGUUUCGAGUGGCUACAGCCAAAGAUGCUCCUUUUGGUAUCUGCAAUUAUCCAUCAUCCCGGGCAAUAUAUGCUAUUGAUCUCAUGUUGAAAUGGGACACAGACAGUGAUGGUAAGUGUUUUAUCCCUUUGAAUUUCUGUGGUUGGGAUGGGAUGCAUACAGCCACCAAGCCAAUUAUAAAAACCAGGAUGUGAACAAACAUUAUUUUU